GUUCUCCAGUCGCAAUUCUGAAUAUCAUUUUUCUUCAAACCAUUUAGCGAACACUAGGAAGCAUGCCUCAGAUUAAGUUACAGCACGUCAUAACCUGCAGUAGUCAAGACAAAAAUCAGUGUGCAGAUAACUUGCUAAAAGGUGACUCGUACAAAAAGUGGAAGGGUGCAGGCCCUGGAGAAAAACAGAUUGCUGCUGUGUUCCAGUUUGAAAAGUCAAGCAAAGUCUAUUCGAUUGACAUUGGCAAUGAAGGCUCGGCGUUCGUUGAGGUGCUGGUGGGAUGUUCCAGUAAUACAGAAGAUGAUUAUAAGGUUAUCUUGGUGGCAUCUUCUUUAAUGAGCCCUGUGGAAAGUCGUAAUGGCAUUAAGAUGAACAGAGUACGAAUAUUUGGACCUUCUGAUCUCUGCAAAUCGGUUUCAAACCAAAAGUGGGACAGGGCAAAGAUUAUAUGCACACAACCAUUUAACAAGCAUGUACAGUAUGGCCUAUCAUUUGUGAGGUUCCAUUCUCCACCAUCUGAUGUUCCCGAAGAGCAUACCCCAAAAUCUACAAAACCAUCAGAGACGAUCGGUGGCUUCCAUCUGAGGGUGGAGAAGGAGUCCGUACCUACGCUCACAGCCGGAUCGCUGUUUGCCAGCAGGAACACAGCUAAAGUCCAAUCUGUUGUCGGUGCACCAGCUGUGAGGGCGGCUGCUCGAGAUUCGCUUAAUCAUCCAGCUUUGCAACAGACUCCACCGACCAAGGAUAAUUCAGCAGGAAAGGCGUCAGAUCUGAAACCAACGAAGCGAAAACGUCUGAACGAUGAGGAAGAAGAGAAGAACAGUCCAAAAUCAUUGCAGCCGAGAAAAGACAACAUCAAGAGAGAACACAAGAACUCUAAUCAUGCGAAAGAGCAAAAGCCAGCUGCGUCUACAAGUGCCAUACCGCAAACCCGAAAAUGUCGAGAGGAAGAGAAAGUGGAUUUCUACUCUAUCAUGAGGGGAGUCGUAUUCGCUCUGAGUGGUUACCAGAACCCAGUCAGGGGGCAGAUAAGAGAAAUGGCAGUGGAGAUGGGAGCCAAAUACAGGCCAGAUUGGAUGCCAGAGUGCACCCACCUUAUAUGUGCUUUUGCAAACACUCCAAAGUUCAACCAGGUGCUGCGAAAAGGUGGAAAGAUUGUCAAGAAAGCUUGGAUAGAAGAUUGUUAUACAAAGAAAAAUCGAAUGCCAUGGAAGAGGUAUCAACUGAAAGAUAGGAACAGUAGCAGUUCAGAUUCUGAGACAGAGGAUGAAGAAUGGAAACCCUCUAAUGCAAAGGAAGAUCUGGAACCAGAUCUGAAAAGACAUUCACAAGCAAUAAAAAAAGACACCAGAACGGAAAUAACACAAACGCAAACUGUUAGUGAUUGUGAAGGUGAAACGCAUGAAACUGCAGACGAUCUGCAAACAAAAGAAGAUCUCUCGGAUUCAGCUUCUGUUGACACUGAAGAUGAAAUAAACAGAGUUAAAGAGGAACAAGAAGACCUCUUGAAGAAAAGUAGUGACCCAUUUGAGCAGCUGACAGAUGAGGAACCGAUGGAUCAGAGUUCAAUCGCAGGUACAGCAGCAGCACUGGAAGACUUGCCAUUACCAGAGUUGCCAUCAUUUUUUUCGGGCAAACGGUUCUUUCUCUAUGGAGACUUGGGAGGCUACGAGGAGAAAAGACAGAUUGUUAGACACAUCACAGCAUACAACGGAACGAUUGAGGACUAUAUGUGUGAUGGCAUUUCAUAUGUCAUAACGUCUUCAGCAUGGGAUGACAACUUUUAUGAGGCUUUAGCAGAUAAUCCAUCCCUGCAGUUCGUGCAACCACAGUGGAUCUACGUGUGUAGCGAAGAGAAGAACCUGGCCCCACAUCAGCCAUAUGUUAUCGUGCCUGCAGGAUGAACAUGAUGCCAGAUUCAAAAUCAAUCGGGUGUCAGUCAAAACCACUCAGUCGAGGCGAAACUCGGUUGUGAAUUCAUUUUGUAGGGAAGUAUCAGGGAGCUUAUUGUGUUGGGUUGUCUGGAUCACGUAUGUAAAAGAUGUUAAUCAGAUAUACUGUCAGUACAACAUUACUAUGCUGCACGUCACAUCUUAUUGCACACUCUGUAGAAAGGGUUAAAGUUGAGAGCAAAAGACAUCUUGUAAAGGUCAUCUUAUGUGUUUAACUAUAAACAGCAAGUAUAUACUUGACAACCAAUUUCCAUUAUAUUCAGAGAGAGAACAUUAAACUGUGUGAACGGAUUUGCACAUUCGGCA